CGAGAGGACGAUGAGCUGCUCCGUCUUACACCACGUUGAAGUGUGCGUGAAGGACGAGGCCAUUUUAGACCUUCUCACGCAUGGUUUCGGAUUCAGUCACUGCGCCCGCCGCGUCACCCAACGCGCGUCUCAAUGGGUUCUCAAGAGCGGUGGCUGCGUCUUCGUCGUGACUAAAAGACGCGAUGGAGAAGGGGUUAACGAGAACGGAAGUAGGAAGAUGAAUGAUGCUUGUAGGAAUGAGAGGGAAUGGAAGAAGGGUGAAGAAAAAAGUCAUACGAAUGGUACUGCGGUGGACGGAGAACAUUGGACUGUCUUUUGCUGCCGAGAUUCGGAUUCGCAUACGGUUGACUCCGUAUUCAACGUUGCUUUGGUGGUCCGGAAUGUGGAUUCGGUUACAGAGAAAGUCCAGGCUAUGGGCGGCCGUAUUUUAAGAGCCCCCUGUGACCUAACUGAUUCUCAGGGCAAGGUCAGGUAUGCAAUUGUAACCUCAUGCUGCGGCAACAUCGUCCACACCUUGAUUGACAAGGCUCAUUACAAUGGCGAUUUCCUUCCCGAAUUCGAACCAAUGGAUCACGCAUGUAUAAACGGAAGUGGAAGUACAACUAGCACUGUUAACGGUUAUCAUGAACAUGCACAAGAAAACGAACAUUCCCUGCACAGUGACAGCAACUCGGAUGAGCCUUCGAGACAGCACAAAAUAGAAAAUGAAGUCGACGCUUCACAAAACCCGAAACAUGAAGACAAAGUUUCACCUUCGCCGCCAUUGUGCACCCACGUUGAUCACGUGACUUACGUUUGCAGGGCGGGAGAGUCUCGUCAAUUACUAGACUGGUAUGAACAAUGUUUCGGAAUGAAGAGAUUCUUCGCCAACGGAGAGGAAACGGAGGCCGACGGCUUCGUGCUCGGGGGCAACAUAGGCCUACGACUGAAGGCGAUGGAGUACUGGCGGUGCGCGGAGACCGGCCUCCUCAGCGCCUCCGGGGCCUCCAUGGAAGACGCGUCCCUCAAGCUGGUCAUCGCUGAACCUCUGCCGGAUGUCAGCACAAGUCACGUGGAGACCUUCCUGCGGGCGCACGGGGGGCCGGGCGUGCAGCACAUCGGCCUCCACACGCCCACGAUGGCGGCCACGGUGGCGUUCAUGGCGGGGAGGGGCGUGGUGUUCAGGAAGCCGCCUCCCGUCUACUAUGACGAGGGAGUGAAGCUCAAUGAGAUUGAAGAAGCAGGACAUGGAAGUGAACUGUCAAUGUUCAAAGACUUAGGGAUUCUGUUAGACACGGAAGCAGACAUCUUUUCAGAAAUGGAGGAAGAGGAGGGAAAAAAGAGGUAUCUAAUGCAAGUCUUCACUGGGCCAAUCUUCAAGCAAGACACAUUUUUCUUGGAGGUUAUACAGCGAUGUGGAGCGCGAGGUUUUGGUGCAGGGAACAUCACAGCUCUUGCCAAGUCUAUCAUCUUGUACAAUGAGCAGCAACAGAAAUUAAAAGCAUAAGAAGUUAGACUUUGUUCUAUGAGAUAGAAUGAAAAACGGACAAAUAUUAUUGUGAUAAUUUGUGGUCUCUAUGAUUUUCUUUUAUUUUUAGAAAGGAUUUUCAAAUGACAGAAUGUUACUCCUGUUACCUGCCAUUUAUGUGUGAUUUUCUUUUACUGUAGGUGAGACAUUUUUGUAAUAUAUAUUUUUGAAACCAUCAUUUUAUAUUUCCAACUUAAUGUAAAUAGUUACUUUGGUUACCAAUGAUCAAAAUGAGAGGGUAUUAGAAGUAAAAUAAAAGUCUAC